AUUUCUUCGUUUCGAGAGCCUGUCUGUCAACAACUUCUUGGGGCUUCAGAUGGAGUGAUGGUUUAAGGAAAAGCACCUUGUCUGAGCCAAAUCAACCUUAGAUUUCAAAUCAGGACGCUAGCCUUUUAAUCGACAGAUAUGGCUGAAGAUCUCCAAAGCAAUCUUCAGAACUAUCAACUUCAAUUGCAGCAGGUUGAGGCUGCACUUCUCACAGACCCUUCAAAUGAAGAGCUCAUCAAAUUAAAAACUGAUCUCGAAGAAGUUAUAGAUUUAACGAGUGAUUUGAUUAAAACCCAACUUCUUGAAUCAGCUGGUUCUAGUUCAGAAAAGGAAGUUAAGGUAUCCAAACCACAGGAUACAGAAGAACCAGAUUUGCCUGUAUUAACCGCCAAAGAAUGGAAAGCUGGGGACAAAUGCCUUGCAGUUUGGAGUGAGGAUGGACAAUAUUAUGAGGCUACAAUUGAAGAAAUAACAAAUGGAGAAGAUGUGUCAGUUAUAUUUGAUGCUUAUCAAAAUGCAGAUGUUUGUAACAUAAAUCUACUGCGUGAAGUGUCUAGCGCUGCUGAUUCUGAUCCCAAAAAUAAGAAACAUGCAAUGUCAAAACAGAGAGAAUAUCAGAAGAAGAAAAAACAAAAGAAGCUGCAACGAUUUAAACAAUUAGAGGAAGACAGAGAAACAGAAAAGAACAAGUGGCUUGCAUUUGCAACAAAGAAGAAGGGUGGUAUUGUGAAGAAAAGUAUAUUUGCCUCUCCUGAGUCUGUAUCUGGUCGAGUAGGCAUUGGAACAUGUGGAAUUGGAGGGAAACCCAUGACUGAAUUCACAUCAGCUGAAAAAUGGAGGAAGGGGACUUAGAAAAUUACUGGUUUCACUACACAUUUGUUCCAAAUCAGACUUCAAAUUCAAAAGUAACAGACUCACUUUUAACUGUUUCAAACUCCUUAUGAAUUGAUCAAAGACUUUCUUUUAAAAUAAUAUUUUCUUUUUGUGUACAUAUGAAAUAAAAAUGAAUAUUCAUGGUAUGUUAAAA